CCCAGAGAACUAUGGGACCCGCGGAGGGGCGGGGACUGCGCUCUUCUGGCUCUUAGAGAACGACUCCUGCAGAAGACGACCUGGGAGCUAAAUUUUUUGGACAGUUUGGGGUUAGCUGGGGAAAAAAGGAAGAAGACAGAGCAUUCCAGGCAUUGGGACAGUCGUAUGUCAAUUGGAAGCAGUAAUACCUGAGCAGUUGGUCACAAAGUCGACCUGACUUGAUCUGGCAAGAGCAAAGCUGCAGGAAAAUGGACAGUGAGGUACAGAGAGAUGGAAGGAUCUUGGAUUUGAUUGACGAUGCUUGGCGAGAGGACAAGCUGCCUUAUGAAGAUGUUGCAAUACCACUGAAUGAGCUUCCUGAACCUGAACAGGACAAUGGCGGCACCACAGAAUCUGUUAAAGAACAAGAAAUGAAGUGGACUGACUUGGCCUUACAGUAUCUCCAUGAGAAUGUACCCCCCAUAGGAAACUGACGCCUGGCUCCUUGUUCAUGGACGGAUUUUUUUUUUUUAAUACAUAGCAAAAUGUUUUCUGUCAGUGUCCGAAUUCGUAUCUUUUAGUCAUAGAUCAACACUCAAAAAUGUACAUUGGCUUAUUUUGUGGCAGCAAAAUGCAAUGUGAAAAUACUCCCCAGAAUGAGAAGCUGAUUGAGAUUUCUCAGGAAUAUCUGACUCUUUGAACCUAAAAUUCUUCAUUGACUAGCUUGUGUUUGAACAUGAUUCAUUAAACAUUUGCCUUUAACUCUG